AUGAACGGCCCCACCAAGGUCAGCGAAUGGCCCGCGGCCAAGGAAGACUGGGGGACCCCCUCGUCCAUGCUGGAUUUGUUGGGCGAUCUCGCCGAGGACGAGGAGGACGAGGAGGAAGGCCUCCGAGAGAAGAUGCCCUGCUUGGACCUCUGUGGGUUUCCCACCUCGGCCGGAGCGCCCAGAUCUUUCGCUGCUGCUGCUGCUGCUACCGGGGGACUCGACGGUUUGGAGGACGGGGUCCCCGAGGAGGGAGAAGAGGAAGAAGAGGGGGAGGAGGAGGAAGAAGAAGAAGAGGGGGGACCGAGGAGGAAGGCUGCUUUGCGCGGCAGAGCCAAGCGAAAGCGGGUCAUCACCCACACGCAGCGCCAGGCGGCCAACGUCCGCGAGAGGAAGAGGAUGUUCAACCUCAACGAAGCCUUUGACCAGCUGAGGAAGAAGGUGCCCACUUUCGCCUACGAGAAGCGCCUCUCCAGGAUCGAGACGCUGCGCCUGGCCAUCGUCUACAUCUCCUUCAUGACCGAGCUGCUGGGGGGUUCCAAAGCCAGCUAG